AAAUCCAGUAUGGUGGACAGUGCUCCUUGGUGGUGGAGCAUAGGGUUGAUGCAACAUCUAAGACAAACUGCACUGUGCCGAACGAAUGAAUGGAUGGGUAAAUAUGGCUGAACCCUUUAAAUUUGGUGAGCUCUUGUUGUACCUAGUGUCGUUGGAGCCGACAGCAAGCAUUGUUAUGCUUUAAUCGUGUUUUGUGCAUGCUUUGUUCAGCGAAGAGUUCUUGUCAGCUGCUCGUUGCAGGUCUGGUGUGUCCCUGUAUCUUCUGGGAUAAUGGACACUGAGUGCCAUUGAGAAUGAGAAAAAGAAAAAAUAUCACUUUAUAAUAACGCAAGCAGAGCUCGACGACUUGAAUAAUCGCUUUUUGUAGAAGAAAUGGCCUAGGCGUAGUAUGCUGUUGACUUCAGCAGGUCUGAUUUUGCUUGGCAUAUUGUGCAAGUUCUUCAAAAAGUCGUUUUCUGCUCUUUUUAUGUAUUGAUGAUGAGGAAUUGGAUUCCUUUGUUACUUGCUUUACCUCGGCACCUCACUAUCAUUGAAGCGUUUUAUAACACCUUCUGGAAAGUUUGUCGCUUUUGGGUGCUCCUUGCCGUCGCAGCAAUCCUUGUUUCGCUGCGAUGGUAAGUGACCUUAUCGUCCUCGCUGUAGGAUCAGCUAGUCAGGUGUUCAGUACCUCUCCAAGGUGUGUUUGUUCCAGCAAGCCAUCUCGGCAGACUGCUCAUCCGUGCAGUCUACUGGUCUGUGCAGUCUGCUAUUUGCACUCCUGGUCACAAUGCUUGCUAGGACUGCACUCCGGCAUGCCAUUGAUUUUUUUCGCGUGUUGGGGCAACGCAGUGUUGCCUCAACACGUGGUGUGGCUGCUGAAAGCGCAGUGACUGCUAUCAUCCACCAUAAUCCUCGCACACGCCAUCGAAAUCGUCAUUUAUCCAACUGAUGAGAAGUAACCAGGAUCAUAGCCAUUGAGGCGAAUGCUGGUCGUGAUACCAGCAGUGCGCUUGCAUCUGGAUGUGCUGUGAGUCGAAAAUUGCCUCGCUUAGCCGGCAACCAUAUGGUGAGUUAGUCGACCAAAAUGUGUCCCUUGGUGUGUGAGAGUGGAGGUACGAGAAAGUGAGGGGCCUCUCUCUGCAUGAGAGAUGAGGCGUGAAAAUGUGAGGGGGGUGAUUACGCCUUUGACAAAGCUGUGCUUCAGCAGGUGCUACUCUCCUUGGUGGGUAGCAAACCCACCAAGGAGAGUACCAAGGAGAGCACCAAGGAGAGCAGGUGCACUCCUUGGUGGGAUGUCUGCUGUGAGUUUUUUAAUCAUUGUAGUGCACCUGGUAGUGGCUAGUCGACAAAAAAAAUUUACCCUUCAAACUGCUUUCUUUUCUUUCUCGCAGGUGAAGUCCUGGUUUUUAACGAGCCAGUGGAUUUACGUAAGACAUAUAAUGGGCAAAGCGUCAUUGUUAUGACUAACCGACAACACCGGCGCUCGGCCGUGACACCUGGUGCUGCUGAUGCGCAAGGAGCAGACGAAAUUGCUUACGCUGAUUGAACAGUACAGUGGAUAGACACAAAGACAUUUGUGUGUAACCACUAUAUCUUCCAUUUAAAGCUCAAUACCAGAAUGUGUGUUUUCCUGCUGAAGGAACAGACAUACUUGAUUGCCAUAUAGGAUGGCGGUACUUAUGGACGGUGGAAUAUCCAGUGCUUUGGAACAUAGGAAACAGUGUCAUCGUUUUUGAAUCGAUGGCAAUUUUGCUUCUUUGCAGACUGAAAUGAUAUCCAUUUAUUCUCCUUGCCAAAAUCUUUUUUUUUUUUAAUGCUGAUGUAUCUGGUAAACCUGGAAUCUAUCUGACGAUCAGCGUCACUUGCUGGAAGGUGCCAUACUGAGGCUGCCAUAAAUGGCCAUCAACAUGGCAGGCUUCACCGCAUUUUGUCAGAGUGCUCGUGGCAAGCUCUUUGUCCAGGGUGCUAAUGGAGCUGCGGCUUCAUUCCGCUCACGUGGACAUGGGUCAUCUAUGACUUCAUUCCAGCUGGACAGCUUCCACCUACGUUUUAUGUUGUGGGGCUCAUACCUGGAGUGCAAGGCCUGACGAUUCAUGGCCCUCAUUCUGUUUAGGGUGGCUGUUCGUAGCAUUUACCCUCUGGAAAUCUUGUGAAGCGUGGAUGUUCUAGUUGCGGAUUCUUCAUGCACAAUUGAUGCUUCGUUUUAGGGUAACUCUUCCUGAAGUUUGUGCUAGAGAGUGCCAACUUGCAGGGCAGCUUCUUUGCUUCACAAAGCGAUGGAGCUUAUUUUUAAGAAAAGUCCAAGAAAUCUAUGGUGCCCAAGCCUAAGAUCAUAGCCCAGUGGUCUUCAAGGACACCGAGUUACGGUUACAACACAAUGCUGACUCGUUUGUACAUAUACAGGGUGUCCGAAAAGUCUGGAAUCAUAGAGAAUGGUAUUUAAAUAACCCCCUUUAUUCAUAGCACACAGAUGCAGCCGAUGCUACCAUUCAAUUAAUUCCCGGUUGAUUAUGUGAUCAAUCCGCUGCAUACCUGAUUUUGGAUUCCAGGUGUUGCAGAUUAACAACAAUCUUUAUAGCCUAAACUACGGCUAUUAAGUCAACUCAAGAACUGAUGUCGGGUGUAAGCUUAGUGGGGGCCACUCCACGCUACUUUGGCGACCUACCUGGUGCCCUGGAAACUGAUAGUCAAAGUAUUCUCGUUCAACAGUGACACAAUAGCUGUUGAAACAUUCCAUUCAAACCAACCUAGAUGCUUGGCUUCUGGGUUCAGCAGUCUGGGCAUUGCCUUGGAAUCCAUGGCCAGGUAGAGGACCUGGUGCGUUUGUUUGAAGGUGCGUCUGUAGAAUGGACAAAAAAAAAUUUGAUUCUUCCCCUUUCCACGGGCCAUUGUGGAUUUUCGGGAGAUUACAAACGGGCAGUGUGUUGAAUGACUUCGCCCGACAUAUAGAGGUUUGCCUCGUCGGAAAACUGCCUGAAUUGAGAAUGUCCCAUUUGCCUUGGACGUAGCUCGUACCCAUUGACAGAAUUCCAUGUGCCUCCCAAGAUGGUCCUCAUUUAACUUCUGAAGCAAUAGCAGUGUGAAGGGAUGCCACCUAUGAAACCUCAGGUCUGUUCGCGCAAAGAUAUGGCGAACUGACUCCCGAAAGCACGUACCGUAGGACGCAAAAAGUGCAUCGCUGGUUUUGUAAUCGGUGGCACUCAUUGGCCGACCACUUUGAGGUUUGUUGUCCGCGCGUCCUCUCUCCAGGAAUGUUUUCAUGCAUUUACUCGAAGAGUCUUUGGUGAUUGCUUGCUGUUUAGGAAGUAAACAGUUCAACUCCUCAGCCACUCCUCGUUGACUGGCUGCAAACCUCAAGAGCGACCUCAAUGCAUUCCCCCUUAGUCGGAGCCAUCUUCAUCUACUUGAGAUGAAAAGAAAACAAAGAAAUUCACAAUUCCAGACUUUUAAAGACAGCCUGUAGCACACCCCGUUACUGCUUCCGCCCUCGAAGAACCAUCUCGACGGGUCGAGGCAGUGGCAAAACUCUGGGGGCACGUCCCCGGACAUCAAUUCCGCACGCCGUAGGGGUGCCGGCUGGUGCCCGACAUCUUUUCCGGUGCCAUGUUUUCUCCUUUCCCACCCAGGAUGCCAAACGACGCAACUCCGGGGCCGAGCGGGGACGUGGCCGCCCCCGCCCAGCUUUCCAGACGCCAACGCCGGGCGACCAGAGCCCGCGGUGGAAACCACAGCUUCGAACCUCGUGGUGGCCACACGCCCCGCGGCAACCACACUCCCCGCGGCGGCAACGCUCCCCGCGGUGACCACACUCCCCGUGGCGGCUUCAACAACCGCGGCGGCUUCAACCCCCGCGGUGGCAUCGGCCCCCGCGGCGGCUUCGGCCCUCGCGGCGGCUACAACCCUCGCGGUGGUUUCAACCCCCGCGGCGGAUACAAUCCCGGCUUUUCCCCGCGCGGGAAUAUCAUGGGGCCACGGGGCGGGGCCAACCGCGGUUUCAUGUCUCGCGGCGGUGGCGCCGUCAAGAAGCCGCACCCCGUGACAAAGCAUUCCGUGGCCACGUGGACCGUGCAGUUGGGUGAGACGGUCUAUUCGUACGUGUCGCGUCUGCGCUGGCGCGAGCAGGGGCGCCCGACGCGGGACGCAGCUCCGGAGAGCGUUGUGGAGCCGUUCAAGGGCCGCACGCUUAUGGACCGCCACCCGAACGAGCCGAAGCCGGUGUACACUGAGGAGGAGCGCGAGCAGCUGUGUCCGUUGUGCGGGACCUUGGUGGUCCACUGGGACACGCACACGGCGGGAAAGCUCCACGAGGAGAGACUGAAGGCGCCCAAGGAAAUGCCCACGGAGCCGACGCAGAUGGACGUCGUGGCCGCGCUGCGCGUGCUCCAGGCGACGCGGCCAGACAUUAUCGCCGCGUCGCUGGCAGCGGCGCCGCAUGCCGCUCAGCUGGUGGCGGGACGGGACUUAGCGGCAGGGCCUUCUCGCGACAGUUAUGGGUCACGCGGCGACUACGAGCUGUCGCGCGGCGGGUACGAGUCGUCUCCCGACGGCUACGGAGGGCCUCGCGACGACUUCGGGCGGUCUCGAUACGACUACGGCCCGGCUUACGACGACCUUGGGCCUUUGGACGACGACCUUCGGCGCUCACGUGAUGGCUUGGGGGACUUGGCCGACGAGGACCUGGACGGGGUUCCUGCUGAUCACCUGGACGACCUGUAUCCGCUUCCAAUGCGAGGACGCUCUCCAGACGACGACCUCUACAUGCCACCGGCCAAGUUCCCACGAGGUAUGCCACCAGAUCCGAGGGAUCCACCUUCAUUUGGCUGGAACUGACCGACCCCCAUCAAAGUCGCUGCCAUCAUUACAUUCUUCUUUGUGCCGUUUUCUUUUCUCACCGAAACGUUGACAUUAAAGUGAUCUCCACUUUC